AUGAGAGAUUAUAAGGUAUUUAUUGGGAAUUCUCAUCCAGAAUUGGGUAAUUUAGUCUGCCAGAGGUUAGGUGUUGAACCUGCACCUUGCGUAUUAAAGAAAUUUGUUAAUGGUGAAACAUCCGUUCAGAUAGGGGUCUCUGUACGUGACGAAGACGUCUAUGUAAUUCAAUCUAGUUCGAACACUUUGAAUGAUCAUAUAAUGGAGUUAUUGAUUAUGGUUUCUGCUUUUAGUGGUGGGUCUGCUGGAAAAGUGACAGCUGUAAUACCAAUGUUCCCUUAUUCAAAGCAAAGUAAAAUGAAAAAACAUAGAGGUGCCAUUACUGCUAGAAUGUUGGCAAACCUAUUGAUCAUGGCUGGCGCUGACCACGUAAUUUCAAUGGACCUUCAUUCAUCUCAAAUGCAGGGAUUCUUCAGUAAACCUGUUGAUAAUCUUUAUGGUGGUCCAAGUUUAGCAAGAUGGAUUAAGGAAAAUGUGGAAGAUUAUGAAAAUGCUGUCGUAGUUUCGAAGAAUCCUGGUGGAACGAAAAGAGUUACUGCUUUAGCUGACAGCUUGAAGAUAAAUUUUGCGAUGAUUCAUACUGAUCGUAGACGUUCAAAAGAUCUAUACUCACAGAAUAGAGAUGUUGAACAAUUACGAUUAAGAAAACAGUCCAUGCUGAGAAAAAACAGACCGAUUGUGAAGCUAGGAGACUCUCCAUUCGAAGAAGAGAAUAUAAUAUUGUCUAAUGGUAUUCAAACUGCUAGAAUCCGUAAUGGCCAUGUUAUUAGUGAUGAUGAAAUUGAUACCACUGACUUUACUGGAGAGGAAGGAUUUUUGACUGACAGUCUCAUAUUAUCUUCUAAUCACAAUGAACAGUAUGGCCUAUGUCAGAAUUAUGAAGGAACCGAUGAUGAAGAAGAAGAGGAAGAAGGCAAACCCGAUCUUACUCAUGGAGAAAAAUUGAUAACUUUAGUUGGUAGUGUCGAGAAUAGUUCAGCAAUUAUACUAGACGAUAUGAUAGACAGACCAACCUCAUUUGUAAGUGCUGCAGAACAUUUGGUUCAAAAUUGUGGGGCUAAAAAAGUUUACGUCAUUGCUACGCAUGGUGUAUUCAUUGGUGACUGUUUACAACAACUAGAACAGUCUGAAGCUAUUCAUAAAAUUGUAGUUACAAAUAGUUAUCCAAUCCCAAAGGAGCAUAUAGAAAUGUCAACCAAACUGGAAGUCAUAGACGUCUCUGCUAUUUUUGCUGAAUGUAUUCGCCGUGACCACAACGGUGAGAGUAUAUCAGUACUAUUCGACUCAUUGGCUGUUUCGUAA